UUUUAGAUUCUCCAGGUGACUAAAUGCGUGCCGUGGGAUCUCAGACAGACCGGUGUAGCGUAGAUCCAGUACAGUUGUUUUAAGUGGCAAAGGUUUAUCCAAGGGAAGGGCAAGGAUUGGGUUGUAGGAGCAGUUGACAAGUCCCUGGGACAAGGACGUAAAAUCACAAUGACAAGGCUCAGGACACCAUUGUGCCUUGCACCCGCCAAUGAUGGACACCAAACACCACAGAUACAGCCUUAAGUGGACUUUUCCUGACAUCGUGGAAACCUCUGUUAAGAACAUUCUCGGCAUUCGGGGCACCCUACAUGCGGUAAAAGGAAUUUUUUAAUCGCUGUACAACUGGACCUGUUCCCCUGGCGGGAAUUGCUAUAGACUAGCCCAUUAAUCGAUAUUACGAAACUGCGAAACGGUGGCGCACAGUUUGCCGCACGCUGAUAGGAGAUUUGCAUGGAAUUUCGCAUCAUCAGAUUAAAACAUGUUGAAUUCCGAAUCCAACAUUGUUGUGUUUUUUAUCAGUGAGAAAUUGCUCGGAAUGCGAACGAAUGUGAUGUGGAGAGGCGAGUUUUAUGUGUAUAUGCUGACGAAUGUGUAUGCGUAUAUGUUGACGAAUGCUGUGGGAAGGUCGCUGUACAUGUAUUUUUGUUUUCGUAUUUUCUCUUCUGUUCUGUUCUCUAUACCCUACUUAAGUAUCCAGAUCCUUGAUGAAAAAGAAGAGGAACACCAAAUACAGGUAGUACGCCAUUGGCACGAAGCUAUUCCAACAACGCCUGCUCCGACUUUGGCGACGGCUCCCCUUCCCUUCACAGCUGUCGAUGCGACUUACGAAACCAACACCAACAUGUUCUGGCGUUUUGAUCAAAACAGCAUGGGUUUUCCGAACGAGGCUCGCAACGGCGGAUUGCUUGCCUGUUUUGACGUCAGCAAUGUCCCCGUCGAAAUGAAACAAGCCGGUGGCGUCUGCACUCUCACUGCCGGCGUAUCCGGAUACGCCAGUAUCGGCCCCAAUAACAGGGACUGUCUUCAAAUGGGAGAUUUGACUCCCAAGUCCGAGGCCCUCUGCGUGGUUCAGCCGGACACUUGUGCUCACGGAGUCUCGCUGUCGCUGUGGGUGAAAACGCCGCAGGCACAUUCGCAGACCUUCAACAAACACAUGUUAAUUGCCUCAGUUCUACCGGGCCGAGACUCAAGCUCCACACGCACAGGGAUCGACCUGUCUUUUCACACCAACAUUGGUCAAAAUGUCCGGUACUUGACCUUUAAACUGACCACUCUGAGUGGCUACUAUGAGGUCCAAACUCCAUGGUUGUAUUGGGACAAGUGGACCAACCUUGGACUUCGAUGGAGCCAGUCUACCGGUCUAUCGGCAUACAUAAACGGGACCAAUGUAGGCUUUGUGGGCAGUCCAACGGCCAACACAGGCACAGUGGAGGAGGCGACGCAUCUCACAUUGGGCUGUUACCUUAACAAUCUCCAGCCCAGGGGAGAGGAAACAGGACGCUACGAGUACACAGCGAAGGGCGUCCAGGUCGACGACUUCGCCGUCUUCUUGUGGUACCUGCGAGAAACGGAGCUGUCAUUUUUCCAUGGUGGAUGCGGAGUGACCGAACUGAACGCGCAACCCACGACGGCACCUUUCGAUUACACAAGCCGACUGGAGUUGUUUAACUGGACUGAAAACGUGGAACAUGAACCAUUUUACGACGUGGCUACCAAAUCGUACAGCUUGGAGUCUACCAGCGGUUUCACGGUCCAAGGCACUAUCAACACCGUGUCCACGGCGCGUUCUGGUGCGACGUCAAAAUCUGUCCUGGAACUUGGCGCGACUAGUUCUUAUCUUCAGUUGGAAAACCUUGCCGGCCGCUGCGCUGGCGAUAUUGCCAGUUGUACAGAUGGAAUGGCAAUGGCCGCUUGGCUCCUUAUUCCAUCCACUGUUUCGACUUCGGCCAACAGUCUGUCCACGAUCAUCCAGUGCGACCAGCGAGCCGCAUCAGGAAGUGGGCGAUUCGUGGGAUACGGAGUUUUCUGGGAAAACGGAACGCUAACUGUGAGAGUUGGCAAGUCUAGCUCAUCAGAAGGCUUGAAAUUCACUGUGAACAGUGUUCCCAGGGAUGUGUGGUUUAAUGUGGGAUUCGGGUAUCAUCCAGAUUUUGGAUUAUCUGUACUUGUGGAUGGUGAUGCAGCUGCUGGGACAGCAUCUGAGGAGACGGCUGGAUUCACAGAUCAUCAGACUGGUACUCUGGCGCCGGGUAUACUUGUCUUUGGUGGCGAUGGUGGAGACAGCCUCCAGGGGGCGCUGGCCAGCAGAGUGGUGCUCUGGGAACGUUAUGUGUAUCCAUGUGAAGGGGACACUUUCCUUGGAAUGAAUGAACGAGUUGUAAAACUGACAAAAUCAGCAUCUCAUGUCUGGAGCAAUUUAGUAGUAGACCUAGAUGGCGCCAAAACCAAGCCUUUGUAUAUAACCAAUGGGAGCUCAGUUGCUUUAGUGCCUGGUUCAGGUCGAAUGGGAAGAGCUAUCAGGGUUGCACCAGAUACUGAGGGCUGGAUGGUUCUAGGAAAAAUUUUCAAUGAAACCAUAGACCAGACCGUCGGUAAAUUCACAGGCUCGUGUCUCAGUAAGCCAAGUGUGUGCAACACGGGGCUUUCUUUUAACAUGUACCUCAAGAUAAACGCCAUUCCCACUGUGACAGGACACCAGUAUAUCAUCUGCUCUGGUGCCCAGCACAGCCAAUCAGAGGGCUUCUUUAUUUCCAUGUCAGGUGGUGCCAUCUGGACAUAUCUUGCUACAAACACACACACCUGGAUUACCAAAAUUGAAGCAAGCCGUAUUACUACAGGCCAGUGGAUGCAUGUCGGUUUUAGCUGGAACCCAACUGAUGGUCUUUUAACAUUCUUAAAUGGCAAUGUGGUCGGAUCCAGUACUACACCCAAGGCUCAGUCUCGGCUGGUGGAUUAUCUUGAUCGUAUCACCAUUGGGCGAAGUAAUGCAAAUGAUGAUAUGGAGGGGUUUGAGGUGGACUUCACCUUCGAAGACAUAGCGGUGUACGAGGAGUUUGUGCCAGAGUACCUUUUUAGAGACAAGUUUAAACUGCCAGAGAGUAGCUACUAUGAAGACAUAGGCUCUAACUUGAACUGGAAUCCAAAAAGCAUGUUGUCCAGCCAUUUAGCAGACCUUGAGGACUACUCUCUCACACAGAGCUCUGGCAGACUCGGGGCACACAAUCAAGUCUCCUACCUCGCCUCUGGGGUCACCAUUUCUAACAGUCUCAACAGCAGCCUGUGUAGUAAUAUAAAAUUAGCUGCCUACUCAAGUGGUGCCUGUCUGUCCAAUCCAGGAACAGCUUGUUCUGGGUUCACAGUGGCCCUGUGGGUUAAAAUAAAUGAAGUUAAUUGGGAGUUUCAAGGCAAUGAUACCGUCAAUAAUACUUACACAAUACUGAGGACUUUCACAUCUGCAAGCCAGACAGGGUUCAGUAUGUCACUGUAUGGUCAGUAUUGGCAGUUCGUUGUGAAGAGUGAGGCCAAAGACUGGACAGUACAGACAAGCUCUAAAAUGGUUCCAGUGGGAAAAUGGGUCAAUGUGGGUUUCACAUGGAAUGCAGUCGAUGGUCUGGUGGCAUACAUCAAUGGCGUCAUGGAAGGCGUUCACACGACGGGCACCACAGCAUCGCCACUGAAUAUGCCUGCAAACUCCAUGCUUACUCUUGGUUGCCAUUCGGGUCAGGAUGCCCGAGUGGUAAGCAUGAAAGCUUACAGCGUGCACGUUUGGCCAAUGGCAGUUCUUCCGAGCAACAGACCUUUUAGAAUUACUGGCAUGUCAGAUGCCCAGAUUGAUAAAUUUAACAUGAAUGACUACUACUGGGCCCUGGAUGGACCAAUCAGCAAGUUCAGUGAUCAGCAGCUAACGACACAUGGUGGCGCCACCAUACAAGAAGGAGAUAUCUCUUCGGGGCAAGGUGUGAAAACAACAUCAGGUGGAGGGUAUGCUUCAUUGGGCAAUUUCAACGGAGAAUGCAUCAAGGAUAUAAAUGUUUGCUCCUCAGGAAUUUCUGUUGGUCUCUACAUGAAGCUGCCGACAACACCUUCAGGUUCUGCUGCUGCACUUUUUAAUUCAGGUGGAGUACAGAUAUGGAAAGAUGGCACCUCGGUCGGUGUCCGCCUGUAUAAAGGAACACGCAUGUAUACCCGUGUGAUGACCAACGCCCCAGUGGACACCUGGUUCCAUUUUGUGUUGCAAUGGUCACCUGAUCUUGUUGAGUCACAGAGCAUUAAGUUCUACAAAGAUGGACAGGAAGUUUCUGGAUCGACGUCUGCUGCAAAUGUAGCGCCAUCUGUUGACAACAACCCUGUCUAUCUGGGGAGACCAUUUGCUACAGCCACCAUUGCAAUUGAUGCACAUUUUGAUGAGAUCACAAUCAGCUACACAUCAGACUUCCUAUUUACAUUCACAGACCCCUGUUUUGCAUCCGCCACCAGUUCUUUCGGUAUGACCUCUGCGGAACAGUAUCUUGCAAAGAGUGGAACAACGCCAGCUGCAGACAGGAAUGGCAAGGCCAAUGGAGCCAUACUGGUCCAGAGUGGUUACAUCAAUAUAGGCACUGUGAGCACCUGCCUGAGUAACCCAGCUCUCUGUCCUGAUGGAUUCACCAUUGCCUUUAAGGUGAAACUGAAGAAUAGGGGAAGCAAUAACUAUGACUACCUAUUUAGCUCUGGCUACAGUUUCCAAAAUAAGGAAGUUGGAGGUAAUGGACUCAACCGAGGAAUUGCAAUUGCCUUCAAGAUUUCAGGAGUGUUCUUCCAAGUCAGAGCUUACCUGAAUGAUGGGACCACUACAUGGGAUGCUACAGUGACCGGCGUUCCCAUUAACCAGUGGAUAACCAUAGGCCUGACCUGGAGACGGACAAACACAGAGGGACUGGUCAUGUUAUUGGACGAUGUAAGAAAAGAUCCACCAUCAAACGCAUACAGAGUGGGAGAGCCUGCCACCCUUCCUGCCCCAGCCACCAGUAAUGUGUUCUUAGCCCGGGCCAACUUCAUCGAAAGUCCAUCAUUCCCUGGGACAAUUGUAUUCGACAGUGUGGCCUUUUACAAUCAGUAUUCCAACUUCAGUGAUCCUUUAACAAGAACUAUUCUUAAGGGAGAGAGCUGUGAUAGUGUUGUUACUGUGGACACUAAUGAUGUUCAGGUUACCACGGUUACACCCACCCCCUUUGUUGCUGUAAUACCCACCACUGUACCCCCUUCUACAACUGCUGCCUGCUCCCCAGCACUGUUCUACAAGGGCACAUGUUACACUAACCGCAUUGCAUUGUUUGACGCGAUGUCCACAAAUAACAUAGAAAGCUCGCAAAGGAAUGAAACUGCUCUUUCUGAGACAUUAGCUUUGGCUAUAGUGUCAGAUAUUAACAACGAAACCACUGCUAAUAGUGAAAAUGAGCCAAAGACAGCAACACAGUUGUCCGAAGUUGCACUUGCUAUACGAGUACUAGCCACAUCUGAUCUUCCGGCCUCCAUCUCAAGGCAAAAUGCAAGAGACCGUUUUCAGGCUGCCAUGGAUGCAGUCAGUCAAAAUACCGAUGCAUCGAACGCAGAAAAUCUAAAGCAAAUUACAGUGGCCAAUGCUGACGUUGCAUCUCAGAUUAGCAAUUUGAAAAAGUACAUAACACGUGUAGCAGAGAAAAUGCCACCAGUGACAAACUGCUCUGCAAGCAACACAGUGUCUCAGAAUAUGGUCUUGAACAUGAUUGAUGUGAUCCCAGAGUGUGCAGAGGAGACGACAUUCCCGCUGCGAGAAAGCUCAGAUGUGAACAGUACCUUGGAGGGAUGGGGACAACCCCAAGACUCCAUUGUUGUGCCCCCUAACUUGAUCCCAGGUGCAAGUGGACUCACGAUUGGCAUCAUCAUUUCCAACACAGCCCACGAAUCUAUCUCAAAUGAGCAAGCUGAGGGUGAGACAGCCAUGAAGUCGGUGAAGGUGCACAGUCGUGUAGUGGAAAUGUUCAUUGUUCCGGAAUUACCAUCAGGGACAACAUUUGCCUCGCCUGUUGUCUUUACUCUUGAACAUCUGGACAAAACUGCCAGUGGACAAAGGUCAUGUAAUUACUGGAAGGAGGCAAGUGGGAAUGUUAAGGCCGGAUGGGCAUCAGAUGGAUGUGAGAGGAACAGUACAAAUGUCACCCACACUGUGUGUCACUGUUAUCAUUUCACCACUUUUGCUGUGCUGCUUGACCAAGAUACGACAGAGCCUGACCACUUCAAACUGGCCUUGAGCAUAAUUACCUGGGUUACCAUGGCGAUAUCAAUGGGAUCCCUCAUUUUCUUCAUUGUUAUACUAGUCAAAGCAUGGGAGAGACUACUGGAUGAUCGAGGAAUAGCGGACAUCAAUCUGGCAGUGGCCAUCUUUUUUGCCAGUCUCUGGUUUUGUCUCUUGUGGACAGCACAAGAUCACCUGGUUUACUGUCAGGCUCUCUCCAUUUUGAUGCAUUACUUCUACCUGACAUCAUUUGCCUGGUUGGUAAUGGAGGCUGUCUGCCUUUUCUCUAUCAUCAUUUCUGGAGUGCUCUCCGAGAGAGCUCUGAAAAUUUACAUGCCAGUCGCUUGGGGUGUGCCAGCCUUGGUUGUGACUGGUGUGGCUGUUGUAGCUCUCCCAGAUCACGGUCACAAGGAAAGAUGCUGGCUAUCCCAUGAAACCAUGUACUUCUGGGCUUUCCCUGGCGCCAUCAUUGCCUUCAUGGUGUUGACAGCACUGAUCCUUUUGGUGGUGAUGUGUAACUUCUCUGCCCCAGCCAUCAAAAAGAAAGAUAUUUUAUUAGAAGUAAAACAAACAAUAAGAAACAUCAUGCUGCUGUUGCUGUAUCUGGGACUAACAUGGUUAUUUGGAAUCAUAUCCCUUACCAUCCCCGCAGACAGGGCUCUUGAUUUCACCUUCAUUAUCUUCAAUGGAUUCCAGGGCUUCUUCUUUUUCCUUACAUUUGGUGUUGGGCGAAAUUCAUUCCGUGACGAGGUCAAAAAUACAUUCCAAAAGCAAACAGCAGUAGAAGAUGAAGACAUAGCAAACUCUCGUGCUGUUUCACGGGCAUCAAAUAGUUCUACAGUCUCUCUAACACAAGUGGAAGACAUAAGAAUAACUCCCCGACUAAAGAAGGACAAUGAUGGAUGGAGUGAUGGAAGCACUGACAGCGAGGAAGAGAUGGCCAUGGCAAAGAAGAAGAAGAUGCAGGCCAGGCAUAAAGCUCCGGCCUAUGUGCCGUAGAUUGUUGGAAAUUUGUCACCAUGUCUUCAACAAAGCAAGAAGUGAUAGAACAUUCCUCUUUAUAGCGCUAUACCUACCUAUUUAUGUGAUAUAAAAUAUAAAGAACUUGGAAAAGAAAGUUCUUUUUAAAGAAAAGAUUUAAACAUGAAAUACAGUACAUGACCUUAAUGUGAAGUUAUACAUUAACAAAUGCAAACGCAGUUACACAAGAGAAAAGAUGCUCGACUAGCCUCAACUCGUAUUGAUGAACAAAAAAUUUUCCAACCAAAUUGACAUGUCCUCAUUUUUGGACAAAUUAUGUGAACUAUACUUUUAUGUUUUCAUGUAAAGUGAUGAAACAGAUGUUAGUGUUGGAAUUGUUCUCUUUCACGAACAUUGAGAUAUUAGAUGUUAAUGUAAAUUGCAAUUUAUAUUGGACAUUUUGUUCUUAGUCUGAUAUGGGAAUCUGAAUAAAUGUGCUACUGCAGCUAUUUUAAUAUUAUUAAAAUAAUUCUAGUCAAAUCAGCAUUGGUG